UGGCUGUCAUGAAAACUGAAACAUUGGUGACUGUGCUGUGAACAAGCUUUCUAGAGUAAUUUGUUUGCACUUUUCAGAUCAGUGUUUUGGUAAUAGAGUCUCUAUUACAAAGAGUCUCAGGUUGUUGACUUGUACGUCGACUUGAUCAGCCAUAGCGUUAGCUAUCCAGUUAACCUAACAUUAUUGUUCAUACAACUCCAGAAACUAAACAGCUAACGGUAGCUAAGUUAGCUAACGUUCAUUUCUUAAACGCGUGACUGCCAUGGCUGCUGUUGACAGUUUCCAUUUACUGUAUCGAGAAAUUGCUCGAUCAUGUAAUUGUUAUGUGGAAACUUUAGCAGUGGUCGGCGCAUUCUAUACGGCCAGUAAAGCCAUUGUCUUUGCGCGGGAUUGCUAUAGGCUGAUCAGGCUGCACUUCAUACCGCGACUGAUGCACAAUAGGGAUCUUGUUCGGCAGUUCGGUGAAUGGGCUGUCAUCUAUGGUGCUUCGGAGGCGAUAGCGAGGGCCUAUGCUGAAGAGUUGGCGCGGCAUGGCGUUGGUAUCAUCCUGAUCAGUCGUGACAGCAGCAGCGUGGAGAGCACCGCCAGGGCCAUUGCCGAUUCCCAUGGAGUCCAGACUGUCCUGGUCCAGGCAGAUUUCAGCCAGGGCCACAACGUGUGCAGCACAAUUAAAGAUGCCCUGAGGAACAAAGAGAUAGGCUUUCUUGUAAACAGUGUUGAUCUGUCCUUGGACUGCCCACAGAGCUUCACCGACCUGCCUGAAGACCAGCUGUGGGACACCAUCAAUAGAAACGUCACCGCGGCCACGCUCCUGACACGUAUCGUUCUGCCAGGCAUGGUGGAGAGGGGUAGAGGGGCUGUGGUCAACAUCUCCUCUGGAAGGUGCUGUAAACCCACUCCCAACAAGGCAGCCUUCUCAGCCUCCACGGCAUACCUGGACCACGUCAGCCGAGCGCUUCACUACGAGUACGGCCACAGGGGGAUCCUCGUGCAGAGCCUGGUCCCCUUCGGGGUGGCGACUCAGCAAACUAGUGAGAGGGGCAGACUGAGGGGCAGCGGGUGGCUGCUGCCAGAGCCGCAUGUGUAUGCCCGCCAUGCCAUCUCCACACUGGGCAUCUCUCACAGAACCACGGGCUACUGGCCCCACUCCUUACAGUUUUGGCUUCUUCAGUACAUGCCGGAGUGGAUGUGGGUGUGGGGCACACUCAUCCUCACCUGAGCUCCUUUCCCUGCAGUACAACAUUAGACGGACCCAACAGCCCCAAACUUACAUUAUGUGCUGACUUUGUGUUGGUUGCAUUCCUUGAUAAACAAACAAACUGCAAACACAUAGUCCUGGACACUCUUUUCAGCCAGAAUAUAAAUGUAUUAUGCAGGCGCCUGUAAAAAGGCUUUCACUUUGUGUCAAUAUAUUAACUUAAGUGACUUAUUUAUUUACACAAAAUAGCUUCCUAGUAUUUUGUGAUCAAUAAUGUGGAAAUACAAUUCCACAUCAGAUAUUAUAUAGUAACAUAUCUUUAAAUGGGAUGACGGGGACAUCAAAAGGUGGAAUUUUGGUGUCCUGAACAAAGACCAGAUUUAGCCCGCUGUACACAGCACAGUACACUUUGUCUUAACUCUAAAAUGUCAAGUGUUUUCAACAAUACUGAUUUCACUGGCAAACUAGUCAUUUUAAGUAACAAGCAUAAAAGUGUUCAAAGUUAAGGGCAAAGUGUGUCUGUGGUAUACUGGAUGUAGACCUGAGUUCUUUGCCUUGUAGAGAUCUACAAAUACCUACAUGAAGUGGCUUUCCC